UUUGUUCCUCUGUUUGCAUGUGUCAACUGGGAUUUUUUCCCUACCAAAUCAGCGGAGUGAUUUUUGCGAAUUUUAAACUUCGUAAACUUGUUUGCUAGCCUGAACGCUUCCAUUUUCUGACUAUAGCCAGUAAUGUAAAGUGAAAAUGGGAAAGAAAAGGGGGAAAGACAAGAGCUCCAGAGAGGAGGAUGACAUUGACCUGACAGUUCCAUCGUGCAGACAUAUCAAGAAAGGAACAGACCAAACUCUUCUUAAGAAACUUUCUGGCAAUAUUGAUUGGACGAGUUGUCAAGAUUGUAAGAAUGAAGAAAACAAGGAAAAUAUCAGCACCACUCUGUCAGAGGAAGCUGAAGAGGAUAAAGAAACAGGAGGAAUGUGGAUGUGCUUGAAAUGUGGCCAUAGAGGGUGUGGAAGAAAUUCUGAGAACAAGCAUGCCAUUAAGCAUUAUGAAACUCCUCGGUCAGAUCCACAUUGCCUGGUGAUCAGUUUGGACAACUGGAGUGUGUGGUGUUACAUAUGCGAUGAUGAAGUCCAGUACUCGAGAACGGGGCAUUUGGCUCAGCUGGUGACCAACCUGAAAAAGCAAACAUCUACAGAUCUGAUAAAAAGAGCACCAAAAGGAGAGAAAGAGAACACUGACUUGUUGGAAGCUGAACAGAAGACAGACACUAUAAAAGCAGAGGAAAAUGAGGACAAGGAAAACAAAGAAAACAAGGAUCAACAAAAGAAAAACACCAAGAAAGAGAGUGCUGGGAAAUCGCAAACACAGAACAACACAAUUGAAGAAAAGCAUGGUGUUUCAGUAAAAGGACUGAGCAACCUUGGAAACACUUGUUUCUUUAACGCAGUUAUUCAGAAUCUCUCCCAAACACCGCUCCUAAGACAGACUCUCAACAGAGUGACAGAAGAAAUGAGUCUCAACAUCAAACCGGAUGACUCCUUAGAGCUGCAGCCCAUUGCAGUGCAGUUAGAGCAGCCUGGAUCCUUGACUUUGGCUAUGUGUCAACUUCUCAGUGAGAUCCAGGAAUCCAAGAAGAGUGUUGUAACACCACGGGACUUGUUCACACAAGUUUGUAAAAAGGCUGCCAGGUUCAAAGGAUUUCAGCAGCAAGAUAGCCAGGAGCUGCUGCGAUACCUGCUGGAUGGGAUGCGAACUGAGGAACUUAAAAGACUAAGCUCGGGGAUAAUGGAGGCAUUGAAACAAUCUAGAAAAGGUACAGAUGGAGAUCAGCUGAAAGCACUAGUAAAGGAAUAUGAGAAAAAUGGAAUUGUCAAAAACUUCGUUGACCAAGUUUUUGGUGGGGAGACGACCAGCACUAUAAUGUGCCAGCAGUGCAAAAUGGUGUCUGUCGUCACAGAGAGGUUUUUAGAUCUUUCCCUUCCUGUUUCUGAUGAGGCAUACAGAAAGAAGAAUCCAAAAAAAACAGUUCAGAAGACAAGUGAGUUGAGCCAAGAUGGCAGAAACAGCCCAGCUUUGACCAGUGGGAAUGAUGACAUUCCCACUGGGACUGGCAGCAAGUACCAGCAGAAGAAAGCUAAGAAGCAGGCAAAAAAGCAGGCAAAGCAUCAAAAAAGGCAGCAGAAGCUUGAGGGCAGAGUCACUUUGGACAGUCUCGCAUCUCCAAGUCACACAGAGAGUGAAGAGACAGAAGCUGCCAUAGAUCCAAAGGAAAAUGAAAAAGCUGACAAUGAAACACAGGAAGAACAAAAUCCUGGCCCAGUCAGUGAGUCUGAACAGGAUGAGAAGGCCCUUGACACAAUCCAGGUUGAGGAGGAAAAAGAAGAGGAUGAGGAUUCAGUGACUGACAAUGCAUCAGAUAUGUCGUCAGUCAGCAACCGUUUCACUGUCUUGUCCGAGGAGCAGCAGUCAAAGGAUAACACCUUAUGCGAUGAAACAUCCAACAUGGAUCUGGAAGGAGAUGAGGACACUCAGCUGGUAGAUGAAAUGGAGAAAGUGACCCUGGAUGACGCCUUCAUAGAAGACUCUGAUGGUAUGGAACAAAGUGUGGUGUCUGAAGAAGAAGGAGAAGAGGCUAAAGAAUAUACUGUAUUGGACCAAGACCCAGAGCUGGCGUUCAGCACACUAGCUACGAGGACACCUCCAGAGAAACAGGACUGCUCAGUACAGUCCUGCCUUUUUCAGUUCACAGAGGUAGAAACCCUCACACAGAACAACAGCCUGCUCUGUGUCACCUGCACUAAACAGCAGCUGAAGAAAGACAAGGCUGGAGGAUCUAAGAAGAAUAUCUACACUGAUGCCUUGAAACAAAUGCUGAUUUCCUCUCCACCACCAGUCCUUACCCUUCAUUUGAAAAGAUUCCAACAGAAUGGAUACAGUAUUUGUAAAGUGAACAGACAUGUCAACUUUCCGCUGAUACUGGAUCUCGCUCCUUUUUGUGCAGUUAAAUGCAAGGGUAUAACAGAGGGAGAUACUCAGAUUUUGUACAGUUUGUAUGGCAUUGUAGAACACAGUGGAACAAUGAGGUCGGGUCAUUACACAGCCUAUGUGAAAGUACGCCCCGAGUGCCCUAAACCCUCAUCCAAUGGAGUUGCAGCAGGAGAUGCAGAGCCACCCAGAGGGUCCUGGUUCUAUAUCAGCGAUACAAGUGUUCAGCCUGUGAGCGAGAGCAAAGUCCAGAGCUGCCAAGCCUACCUCCUUUUCUAUGAAAGGAUCCUUUAACUGAACUGUGCCUCACUACUCAGGAAAUCCAUAUACACCAACUUGCUACUUCAGCUCCACCAUGUAAGGGUGUGAUGAAAUAUCAGUGAUCAUACAGAGGGGGGAUUUGACAGUGGUGACAUAUUUAUCACUGUGGAGUCACACAGUCUGAAAAAGGAAUCUGUUUCUCACACUCAUAGGAGUAUGGCAAGGUGUGCAAUCAAACUCAAGAUGGACAUUGAACUGAUUGUGAUGCGGAAUUUAAUCAUUUUAGGAGACAAAUGAAAGUCUGGGAACAAAACUAAUGUCUAUUUUUAAUCAAUAUCAUGCAAUUAAAUGCUUCAGAAUGAGAGAA